AUGCCGUCUCCGGCCGCCACGCCCCAGCUGACGAUCCCGCUGACGCCCGUCAGCCACCGCAGCCUGCGGGCGCCGUCCGACGACUUGGACCUGUCAUUCAACUACACGCGCCGGCGGCAGCCCGCCUUCAGCUUCGGGUCCCUGUUCGAGGGCUCCACCCCUGGCGGCCCCGUGGCAUCGCCGUGGAUGGGCACGCACCGCCAGCAGGUGAGCUUCUCCGACGACAUGGACCUCUCCGUCAACUACACGCGCCGGCGGCAGCCUGCCUUCAGCUUCGGAUCCAUGUUCGAGGGCUCCACUCCCCGCGGCCCCACGGCGUCGGCCUCAUCGCCGCGGGCGGGCACGCACCGCCGGCAGGUGGGCUUCACCUCGCCCACCUCGGCAGGGGCCAGGCACCACCGGGUCAGCUUCCACAGCACCGUUGACGCGAUCGGGGGGGACGCUGAGGACAGCGCGGGAGAUGGCGGGGCCAGCCUGCAGCCUACUGGCUGGGAGUUCGGCGGCGCCACGCCGGUCUCCUUCGUGGCGCGCUCGCGCUCGGAGCGCAGCAUCGGCACGAGCGAGUGGGCAGCACAGCCGGGCACGCCGGGCUCCGACUCGGUGGUGCUGGCGCGCACCUGCGACGCGGAG